AAACAGCCGUGAAGUGAAAAGAUGGCGACGCAGAGGGAGAAAGACGCUGAAAAUUAUCUCAAGAAACACAAGAUUAUCGAGCUGAUGGACAACCUGACCAGCAUGCUCUUCUUCUACAGACCUGAGAAUCCCAGAGAAUUUCUUGUUGAACAGCUGGAGCAGCUGAAGCUUUCUCGUCAGAGUGGUGUCAAAGGCCCACAUCUGUUCAGCAGUGCCAACCUGGAUGCAGUUUUCGGGAUACUGGACCCCACUAAUCAAAAUUACAUCACCUUUGCACAAUACAAGCAUGCUCUGACCACACUGGGCAUAAAAGACAUUAAUGAAUGUCCCGAAGGUGUAAACGAAGACAAAAUAUCCCAUGAGACCUUCAAAACAGAAGCGAUUCAAGGCCUGCGGAGAUGCUCAGCAACAUAUGAACAAGUGUAAACUUUGACGUUUUCUUCCUUACAUGGGAUUGUGUUUUGUAAAAUGAGCAAAUUUUAUAUAAUUAUUAUUAUUAAACUGUUAAUACGUAUUCUGAUUCAGGUAGUUUU